AUGGCGGCCGAGGACCAGACUCCUUCUACCAAGCCCCGCCCCGACAAGGCAAAGAAGCGGAAGAAGCCCAAGAGGGACAAGUGGGGCCAGCCUAUCGCCGCCACCGCCGCUGAGGAGCCGUCGGUGGAGCCGGAACAAGAGCACCCGGCGGGGGAAGUUGAGGCGGCGGUACAGGUGGAGAAGGCGGAGGAGGAGGUGGCGGCUGCGGCGGCGGAGGGCUAUGAGCCCGGCAAGGUGGUGGCGAGCGGCUUGCCCUACACGACCACCGAGGCGGACAUCCGGAAGCUGUUCGAGUUCUAUGGGCCCCUCCAGUCGGUGCAGCUCUCUCGCUUCCCGGACUCCGGCAACUUCCGCGGCCUUGCCUUCAUCUGCUUCGAGUCAGAAGAAGAUGCAAUAAAGUCUCUUGAGCUUGAUGGAUUCAAAAUUGGCAGCAGAUAUAUGAGGGUUGAAAGGUGCAGAGUGACGGCUACCUCAAAUAAGAAAAGGAAGGCAGAGUUCCAAACCGAUCCCAAGAAGUCCGAAGGCUGCCUCUCGGCAUAUGUUGGCAAUCUCUCAUGGAAUGUCACUGAAAAGGACUUGCGAGGUUUCUUCAGAUCGUCGAAGAUUGCAUCAGUAAGGUUCGCCAUUGACAAAAGAACUGGAGGUUCUCGUGGCUUCUGUCAUAUCGAUUUUCAAGACGACGAGUCGCUCGAGAAAGCCGUAGGAAUGAAUCAGUCUGAACUGCAGGGUAGGCCUGUCAAAGUCGCGUAUUCAGUUCAGUAA